GAAUGACGGCGGAGGGAGGGUGUUGGCACCAGAGUGGGAAAAGAGCGAGCUCAAGUGUGUCUCCUGGGGAGAGGAACACAGCCUAUAUCUGAGUUUCCAGUAAACAUUGAGCGUCUUUAAAGCUGCUGGACAAGAACCACAGAGCAGAAGCUUGAAGUUCAACUCUCGGUGUCAGCAGCAGCCAAAUUUCGGAGGUUCUGAUUAGAUGAUGAAAAGAAUCAAUGCAGACUGAACAAAGAUCAUCCAACUGAAUCAAAAAUGACAGCUGCAGCAGGCCAGGAACUUGACGAGCUAUGCUUCCUGUCAGCGCAGUCCUUGCCCAGUCUGAAGGUAUCCAAACACUUCCAGGUGCUAAAGCUUCUGGGACAGGGAUCCUACGGAAAAGUCAUGCUGGCUGUGCACAGGAAAAGAGGAACUCCCAUGGCUCUGAAGUUCUUCCCACGACAGACCACGUCCCUCACGUCGUUCCUGCGCGAAUACAAUCUCUCACUCUCCUACUGCACCCAUCCUUCUCUGACACGGGCUCUCGGCAUCUUCUUCUCCACGCCGUCCUACUACGUUUUUGCCCAGCAGGCGUGUCUCUACGGCGAUCUCUACAGCGUCAUCGUGUCAGAGGUUGGGGUGGAUGAAGACUGCGUCCAAAGGGUGAUGUCCCAGCUGAGUGGUGCCGUCACACACCUCCACUCUCUGGGCUUCGUCCACCGUGACAUCAAACCCGAGAACAUCUUCCUGUGCGACAGCGCCUGCCGCUGGGUGAAACUGGGUGACUUCGGCCUGGCUCGGGCUGUUGGCACCACGGUUAGAGCUGUGUGGUACGAGUCGCCUUUCUGCACCCCGGAGGUGGAAGCUGUUAAACAGGCUGAGAAGGAGAUGGCGUGGAGGUUUAAUGAGGGGAUUGAGGAGGAGGUGGAGGACAUCUGGGUGACGGUUCAGACCUGCAUUGACAGCUGGGCUCUCGGUGUGCUGGUCUACUGCCUGCUGACCGGCUGCUUCCCCUGGGGGGAGAGCACUCACGAUAAUCCUGACUACUGUAAAUACAAGAAGUGGUUUGACAUCGAGGCUGAAAAGGACAAAGCAAGAGGUGUGAGGUGGAGGGAUGAGGAGGACAUUGAUCAUUACUCCAUCAUGGAGCAGAACCAAAAGGAAAACCCUCCUCCAUCACAGUUCGAGGGCCUCAGCCCACUGGUGAUGACUCUCUUAAAGGAGCUGCUCCAUCCUGAGCCGCAACUCAGAGGAAGUCCUGAGGAGAUCCUGAGCUACCUGGGAGGGCCGUGGCUCAUGAAGACGGCAAAGGAGGAGUGGAGGAGAGCAGAGGAGGCAGAGAAGGAGGCUAAGAAAAUCAGAGAAACGGGAGGAGUAGAAAAAGAGCUGCUCAGGGAGGGAAGAGGAGAGCGAUGAAGUUCAGUCUCGUACAGUUUUGUUCAUACAAGGUGCUGCUUUUUCACAUUUGUAAAUAUCUCAGAUCAGUAUGUUAAUACUUUUAUACUUUGUGUGUAUGUGUGUGUGUGUGUGUGUGUGUGUGUGUGUGCGCGCGCGCAUUUUGCUGGUGCACACAAUGUGACGCACCCUCAAACUUGGUUUUAGAGGUAUGGUGUGCAUUAGCAUUUGUAAGAAAACACUACGAACAUUUCCUUCAAGGUUUUCAAAUUUCAGUGAGUAGUUACAGUAAUAUGAUGACUAUUCAGUUACAGUUCCUUUAGUUACAACAACUUUUCAGUCAGUUUCAAACUAACUAAUUUGCAAAAAGUGUUUUUUUUUCAGUGACAACAUGAAAAUAUGAGUCUAAACUUCUCUUUACAGCUUCACUUAUUAUUGCUUAGGCUCUGCCCUCAGCAGGAGGCCCACAGGGGGCCAAGCUUUCUGUCGGGGCCACCCUUGGGCCCCUCCUAGAACCGCCCCUGACUGUGAACAAAUGGCCUUCUGCUGCUUUUGCUUCAGAAUUUUCUGUUUAAACUUGUUGCACAGUGGUUGUUUAAUACUUUAUUCUUAUAAGUUUCUAACAAAAACACAAUCUAGGUGCAUAUUUUUAUUUUCUUAACUUAGUUCAUUACAAAUAAAGUCUGAAAUUAUUUUUGGGCUUAUUUUGACGUUUCUAUUUUCACUCUGAGCUCACGUGUGUUUAAUGAAUGUGAACUCAAAACCUGGAUUUUUUCAUUUCUGUACGUUUCUACACACAUCUCAAUAAAAUGAAAUAUUUCAAAAAGGG